UCUUUUUCUAUACUGUCGUUUCAUCUUAAUCUUUCUAUAUUUCUUUCUUUGUUUCUUUCUUUUGCUUCCAUCUUCACGAACGUCGCGCGCGAGUUUCACGAACGGAAUCUUUCGUGAUUGAUACCGAAAAUCGCGAGACAAAAUCCUAUUUACUUCUUCUUCUUCUUCUUUUUAUUCCUAAUCUUUAUUAUCAAUUGUUUUCGUGAAUUAAUUAUUAUAAUCGCGUAUAACGCGUAUAACGCGAAACAAAAGGAGGCUUCGAGAUCGUACUUUAACCUUCUUUAUUUCAGUUUUAUAAGUUGCUGUAUUCACUUCUUUUCUUACAUAGGUGUACUCAUGUCGUUCGACCAAUGAUAUCGAUGGAGACGACCACAAAAUAGUUUGAUUAAAGUGCGGGUUAACGCGGAGCGCGGCGAUCGGUUUCUGACAUCUUAGAUUUCUGACUUCUUCUCUUUUCGCGCCUACAAAUUCGAAGAUGGCCGAAGAAGUACGAGACUGGUAUCACUGCGUUUUAUUCGAUAACUUUUUUAACUUACUUUUGCAAUCUGCAAUUAUUAUUAUUACGAAUACUCGACGAUGAUUAUAGUUUAAUGCAAAAGUGUGAAAUAUUCAUCAAAUUAUUAUAUCAAUAGUAUUAAUCGUUAUAUUAAACAGCAGCAUAAUACAGAAAUUCAAUACAUAAAUCUAUACAGUUGCUCACGGACUACGGUGUAUAUUGGUAAGAAGAGAUAAGAAAAGAAAAAGAAGACAAAGAAGACAAAGAAGAAACAAAAAUAAAAAACGAGUGGAAAAGUGCAUAUGUGUUUUUCGGUUGUUCCGAUAAAAAGCAAAGAAAAUAAAUUAUAUGGUGUCUUGUACAAAAGCUAACGAUGAAUAGCAAGUGCCGUAUAAGGAAGAUGAUGAGAAUGACGAUGAUGACGAUGACGAUAACGAUAACGUUAAUGAGGAGGAAGAUGAUGAAAAACUCGACGAUUAAAUCGACAAAGAAAAUCGAAUCUCCGUCGAUAACGAUGAGGUAGUGGUGGUCGUCGGACACGUGUUGUGUGCUUGGGUGAACUGUAGUGCGCGCGGGAAAUAUAAAGAGAGGGAGAGAGGGAGAGAGAGAGAGAAAGAUAAAUAGAAAGAAAAAAAAAAGAUAAAGAGGAAGACUGUCGGUAUUUGUUUCCCGCGUUUCUUCCUUUGUCAGAAUUUUUCUAAGUGUGCGUAAAGUCGCGUUCUAUUAUCAAGAUCAAUUCAUCGAAGAGAUUGAGAAGAAAGAAGAACUGGAGUCCACAGGGAUAAUUGAACAACCCCGCAGGACGCAGAUGCCCCGAAGGAAACAGCACGCACCGCAACGAAUGAAAUGUAAGUAGUGGUCUCCGAACGUUUGCAAAGCGAGCGGCCCGAAGCCGCCGCAUCGGACGGAAGAUAUGCGAAGCAAGCAACAGCCGAGGCCUUCCUUCCGGUGGCCGCAGCAGCGCGGCGAUAAUCUAACCGGGGAGGACGGCGUCGAAGGCUCAGGGCCUGGCACGGACCUCCAGGGCGAAGAAGGCGAUUGCGUCGACGAGGAUGGCCCAGUCAGCCCUAGUGAAAGAGGUUGUGCACCUGCGGCCAAAGAAGACGACGAUGGUGAGGCCAGCGACGAAGAGGAUGACGAGGAAGCAUCACCAGCCACACCACCAUCAACUUCUGCUUCCGCGAGAUUAAAUCCUACCAUUUUGAGGGAUACUGGACCACCUGAUAGGGAACAAAUGAGUCCACGCUGUCCCUCGAGAGAUUCUCGGGAAUCCUCCGGUCCAGCGACCGGAAGUCCCCCACCUUUAGCAACAAGGAGCAGCGCGAGUCCAGUUAGUCCAAGUAGUAUCGUGCCUCUACCCCUUGGGACUCAUCCUCUUCUACCACCGCAUUCGGCAGCAAUGAUGGCGGCUUAUCUUCAGCAAACACAUCAACGGCUCCUCCUUGGACAUUCGCCUUUAUCGCGAGGCUCAGUAUCUCCAUUGGUAUCGUCCUCUUGUUCGCCACCAGCAGCAACGCCGGGUCUCAUGGUCUCGCCGAGCAGCAUCGGUGAGGUUUCACCAUCGGCAACCCCAUUGCCAGCCGUUCUAGACUUCAGCACGAGAAAAGCUUCCUCAACGGAAGAAGAGGAGGAAGAACAUAUUCUGAACCUCAGCAAGCCGCCAACGCCAUCCUCUUCGACAGAAACGAAUAACGGUCCGUUGGAUUUGUCGGUGCCUAGUAGGAAACGACCAGGACCUGAAGAUUCUUCGCCUCCACCUCCCCGUAAAUCUUCGAGAUUGGCCGGUGCGGCAUCUACUGGUCAUCAAGACGUAACGGCAACCAGUUCACCAUCUACGUUUGGUAGGCCACCGGUAGUCUCACCGUGGACAUCGCCGGUUGUGGCCUCGCACUUUCCAUACUUUGCUGCAGCUGUGGCAGCAGCAGCUACUAGUCAGCAACAAUUGUCUCCGAAAAGUACUGGCGGUGUUGUUGAUCACCAUCCACUUUGGAACGGAAAAAUGAAGCCUCCGGCAGCCCUUGAAAAAUCCUAUCAACCCAGCGAAGCUACCAAGGCUUUGGAAAAAAUGAGCGAGUUAAGCAAAUUAGGUGGCGAAGAUCUUUUCAGGCCGUCUUCGUGCAGCGGCAGUAGCGGUGGCACUUCUGUUGGCAGCACGCCGUCCACAACAUCAAGUAGUCGUCACAGUGCUUGGCAAUCUCAUUGGCUGAGCAAAGGAGCGGAACAGGCCAAAGAUGUUCUUAAAUGCGUAUGGUGCAAACAAAGCUUCCCAACGCUCGCCGCUAUGACGUCGCACAUGAAGGAAGCGAAGCAUUGCGGCGUUAAUAUGCCCGUACCACCACCGGCUGCAGCUUUGCAUCCCCAACAAACGACGAUGCCGACGAUACCGCCGCCGCAACAAUCGCACCAGCCGCAAACUUCGACAAGCAACGCCGGUAGCAACAACUCCGCUACCCCAACUAACAAGCAAAGUCCAUCCGAGUUGAACCUUCUCAUAAAGGAAACUAUGCCGUUGCCUAGAAAGCUGGUCAGAGGUCAAGACGUUUGGCUUGGGAAAGGUGCCGAACAAACCAGGCAGAUUCUUAAAUGUAUGUGGUGCGGUCAGAGCUUCCGUUCCCUUGCAGAAAUGACUUCGCAUAUGCAACAAACGCAACAUUAUACCAACAUCAUUUCGCAAGAGCAAAUUAUUUCUUGGAAAUCUUCUGAUGAGAGCAAAGGCGGGGGUGGUAGCAGUGGUAGCAGUGGAGGUGGAGUUGGAAGCGGAGGAAAUACGGGUGGAGUACCACCUGGUACAGGAACCGGUCCCCACAGUGGUAACACUGGUGGUGGUCCCGGCGCUGGAGCUGCCAGCAGUCAUGUCAGCGCCGUACUAACUUGCAAAGUAUGCGAUCAAGCCUUUAGUUCUCUGAAGGAGUUAAGUAAUCAUAUGGUCAAGAACUCUCACUACAAAGAGCACAUAAUGCGUUCGAUUACCGAGAGCGGUGGUCGUCGGAGACAAACGCGCGAGAAGAGAAAAAAAUCAUUGCCAGUGAGAAAGUUAUUAGAAUUGGAACGAGCGCAAAACGAGUUUAAAAAUGGCGAUGCUGGGACCGGCCUAAGCCACAGUCUUGGAAAACACGCAGGAAGAAUCACUUGUGAGAAAUGCGGAGAGAAAAUUGAAACUACUAUCUUUGUCGAGCACAUACGUCAGUGCAUAGGAGCCGGAACGGUCGGAGUUAACCAACGAAAUUUUUUGAAAACUGCACUCAUGUCGAAUCACUUGCCAGCAACUUUGCCACCGAGCGAAAGUGGCCGUAAAAGUGUGAAUGAGGAUGCUUCUUCGGUAUCGUCGAGGCAUCACCGAUCACCUUCCUCGGCUAGCGAUGCUACCACACCAGGUAAGGACACUCCAACGCCAACCACGAACGAAACCACCGGCACGUCCUCGCCCUCCGUCUUAAACGCCAUCGAGAAGUUGAUCGAGAAGAGCUUCGAUUCUCGAGUAAGACAUGGAACGGCAGGGUUGCAUCACGCACAACCAGGUGCACCUAUGGGAACUAGCAUUCUUAAAAGAUUAGGAAUAGACGAGAGCGUGGAUUAUACGAAGCCACUAGUAGAUCCUCAAACGAUGAAUCUUCUUCGGUCUUAUCAACAGCAACAACAGCAGCAUUACAAUGCGAGUGCUGCUGCGAGGAGAGAACGGAGCGGCAGUGAAUCCAGUUCCAUAUCGGAGAGAGGAAGCGGUAGAACGGAUACGAUGACACCAGAAAGACGUAUGGAUCUCUCUACGGUUGGUCACGAGAGGCAUUCCAGCGCUCAUUCUCAUCACCAUCGUGUCACUCCGGAUAAACAAACUCCGACGCCAGUACCAACCCGUCAUCAUUUGACUGCGGAAGAGUCCGGAGAUGAGGAGUCUACCUCAGUUGUGGUCAAGAAGGAACCGAGGGACGAGGAAACGGAUGAAAGAGGAACGAAUGAGGAAGAACAACAAACACAACCGUCGAGAGAGGUGUUCGUUAAGAAAGAAGUGGUGGACGAUUGUCGAGAGGAGGAAGAACAAGCCUCGUAUAAUCACCGACGAAGCAGUCUUCACGAGACUGCGGAAGAAGGUAGAGAAGUUCAGUCGCCUAGAAUGAAUCCACCUACUCCAAGAUCGACGAGCCAAGUCGAACAAGUGGCUCGUAGUCCUUGCAGAAACAGUACAAGCAGUCCUACCAGCAGCGAUAGAUCAGUCACCCCGAGAGGAACACCAGAUACGAAAGCAUCCAGUAGCCUCGGUGCCCUCUCUUCUAUGUUCGAUAGCCUAUCCGGUGGAGGUGGAGGAGGUACCGGUAACACAGUGGAUUCGCAAGGACGAAAAACGAGCAGUCAUCCACUGGCAGCUCUUCAAAAACUCUGUGACAAAACCGAAACGCGUGGUCCCAGUGGAAGCGGCGCGUCAAGGUCCGUUUCUGGUUCCAGUAGUUCGAUCGCUCCUGGAAGCGGUAGUUCGGUAGGUGCAGGCGGACCAGGUGCCGGGCCAACUCCAGGAGCCAUUUUAGCUUUUAGUUGGGCCUGUAACGACGCCGUAGUCACGGCAGACUCGAUCAUGAAGUGCGCCUUCUGCGACACACCGUUCAUUUCCAAAGGAGCCUACAGGCAUCAUCUUUCGAAGAUGCAUUUCGUGAAAGAUGGCGUCAUCCCAGAUCCAUUGACGAUCGGAAGAUCGGCAGCAGCCGCAGCGGCAUCGCAAACGGCUUCCGGUGGCCCCAGUAGUCACAGUUCAUCGUCUCCACCCACGUCCCAACGCAACAAGUCGCCGCCUCUUCCGCAAGCAAACGGCAGCCCAUCCCAGUCAGCGGCAUCUCCUCUCGAGGAGAGUCCACACUCUAAGUUUCUCAAGUAUACGGAGCUGGCCAAACAAUUGUCCAGCAAGUACGUAUAGUCCGUGCUCCGUAAGUAGCGGUGCCACUUGUACAUAAGUGUAUCUAUACUGUAACGACUGUAACUAGCGAUGUGGUUGGAAUUUUCGCCACGCGGACGCCCUGCGCCAAUGGCAUCUUACUUUAUUUUCAAUUUUAUGUUCAAAGAGCAUCAGACGAUAUCUAUCGCGAUAGAUAGCUCGGUUUUGAUCGACGCGUAAGAUUUCGACAAUUUCGCAUAUUCAUUGCAAUCACUCGAUGAUAUUACAUAAAUUAUGUAAAAGCUUCCUUCCUUCGUCGUAUCAUUCAAAAUAGCUUUUCAAAGUUCAAAGAUCGAUAUAUCGGCUACAGAUUUGUGAAGUAAAAAAGAGAGAAGAACAUUGAGAAUAGUUUAGCGUCGUGUCCGAAUCACGAAUUCUCGUAAUUCUACGCGAAUCCGUUGAUUUUCCAAUACGGUGCUUUUUUAUCAUAGAAAUGAAAAUUCAAACGAUGUCAUUUCGACGACAAGAACGACAGGUAUCGUUCUUACGUUGUUCGAAGAAAGUUAAAACAAGGCGACGUGGAUACCUUUUCUAAUUAAUCGGCGAUCAUUUUUGGACCAUCAUCGAGGACAAAAAUCUUGUCAUUCCUAGGGGUUGUCGGCAUGAUUCGCUAAAUCGUGCACAGACCCCUUCAUCGAGAAAAUCUCCGCACGGAAUGUGGUGGAGUGUUUCGAGUUCCGUUUUCGCGAUAUAAAAAAAGCCCUUCCACGUUUCAAAACGCAUUACUUCUUCCAUUGCGUUAAUAAUAAAUUAUCUUUGAAAUAAAAAAAAA